GCCUGCCAGUCGCCCGGAUGUCCUCAUCGUCACUAUUUAAACCCUCGCCGCUCACCGGUGCCGUGCUCAUUCCUCCGACCUCAUCUCAAAAAUGGCGUUUCAAAAGAUCAAGGUCGCGAAUCCCAUCGUCGAGAUGGACGGGGAUGAAAUGACCCGAGUAUUUUGGAAAUCAAUUAAAGACAAGCUUAUUUUUCCUUUUCUGGACUUGGAUAUAAAGUAUUUUGACCUAGGCCUUCCUAACCGUGAUGCCACGGACGAUAAGGUUACAGUAGAAAGUGCAGAAGCUACUCUUAAGUAUAAUGUGGCAAUCAAAUGUGCAACAAUUACUCCCGAUGAAGCUCGCAUGAAGGAAUUCAACCUAAAGUCCAUGUGGAAGAGUCCUAAUGGAACGAUCAGGAAUAUAUUGAACGGUACUGUAUUCAGAGAGCCAAUUAUCUGCAAAAAUGUCCCUCGUCUUAUACCAGGAUGGACAAAGCCCAUAUGCAUUGGAAGGCAUGCAUUUGGUGAUCAGUAUAGAGCAACUGAUAUGGUUGUCAAAGGACCUGGCAAGCUCAAACUAGUAUUUGAGGGAAAAGAAGAGGAUGUGCAAUUAGAGGUUUUUAACUUUACUGGUGCUGGAGGAGUGGCUUUAUCAAUGUAUAACACCGACGAGUCCAUCCGUGCUUUUGCUGAGGCUUCGAUGAACACAGCCUACCAGAAGAAGUGGCCCCUCUAUCUGAGCACGAAAAACACAAUCCUGAAGAAGUAUGACGGAAGGUUCAAGGAUAUAUUUCAGGAAGUUUAUGAAGCUGGAUGGAAAUCCAAGUUUGAGGCUGCUGGAAUAUGGUAUGAACAUCGUCUCAUUGAUGAUAUGGUUGCAUAUGCACUGAAAAGUCAGGGUGGUUACGUUUGGGCUUGCAAGAACUAUGAUGGAGACGUCCAGAGUGAUUUCUUAGCUCAAGGUUUUGGAUCUCUAGGUCUGAUGACAUCAGUACUGGUUUGUCCUGAUGGAAAAACAAUUGAAGCUGAAGCAGCUCAUGGAACUGUAACCCGACACUACAGGGUCCACCAAAAAGGAGGUGAGACUAGUACAAACAGCAUUGCCUCAAUCUUUGCUUGGUCUCGAGGACUUGCACACAGAGCAAAGCUAGAUGAAAAUGCUAGAUUGCUUGAUUUCACGGAAAAACUGGAAGCUGCUUGCAUUGGAACUGUUGAGUCUGGGAAGAUGACUAAAGAUCUUGCGCUUCUUAUUCAUGGAUCCAAGGUGUCCCGUGACCAGUAUCUAAAUACCGAGGAGUUUAUUGAUGCAGUUGCUGCAGAGCUUAAAGCAAGACUCUAAACAAAGAGGUUCGAAUUUGUUGGGAUUGCUGAAAACAAAUUAUUGUAAUUGAGAGGCACUGUGAUUAAUUGGAGGAGCUCUGGUGUCUCAGUGUGCUGAAUUCUUGAAACAGGAUUUGGUUCUAUUUUAGACAAACUUGUUGAUUUACGUCUAUUGAUAAAUAUUAGCACUUAAUUCAUCUUGUGCUGCAUAAUCAUGCAAUUUAGUAAGUACUUUUACUCUUCGAUGGAGCUUGCCGUGUGGAUUUAUUAUGAAAUAGAAUUUGGAUCUGCCAUAUUUCAUCCCUA